AAUACAACAAACAUUAAAUAAAGUGAAAAAUAUCGUUUUCUUGAAAUGAAAUUCUCUUAAUUAAAUAAUUGUAGUUAAAUAACUAUUUUGAAUAAAAUAUUUAAGGUUUUUUCAAGUGAUAAAUCAUUUGUAAUUAUUCUGUCAUAGAAUAUAAUAUUGUUAUAUGACAAUAAUUUUCGUCAUUUACCAUCUGGAACAGGUUGAAGAAAAUAUAAUUUAAAUAGUUACAAAUAAAUCAAAUUUUUAGACAGUCAUGAAAAUGGUGCUGUCACAAAGACAACGUGAAGAAUUAAAUAAAGCAAUUGCUGAUUAUCUUAGUAGCAAUAGUUAUCACAAUGCCUUGGAAGGAUUAAAAAAAGAUGCAGAUAUGCCUGGUGAAGUAGAAAAUAAAUAUGGUGGUUUACUUGAGAAAAAAUGGACAUCUGUAAUUAGACUGCAAAAGAAGGUAAGCGAGCUUGAAUCCAAACUUUCUGAGUAUGAAAAAGAAAUUAAUUCCGGAGCUCCAAAAAGAGCAUUGCGUUCUCCAAGUGAUUGGAUACCAAGAGCCCCUGAAACGCACUGUUUAACUGGUCAUAGAGAGACUGUCAUCAAAGUUAUAUUUCAUCCUGUUUUUAAUAUUCUUGUGUCUGCAAGUGAAGACGCUACUAUAAAAAGUUGGGAUUAUGAGACUGGCGAGUAUGAGAGAACUUUAAAAGGUCAUACAGAAGCUAUUCAAGAUAUUGCAUUUGAUGAAAGUGGCAAACUAUUAGUUUCCUGUAGUGCUGAUAUGACCAUAAAACUUUGGGAUUUCAGUCAAACAUAUGAAUGUAUCCGUUCGAUGCAUGGUCAUGAACAUAGUGUGUCUGGAGUAUGUUUUCUUAAAGGAGGAGAUUUCAUAGUUUCUUCUUCAAGAGAUAAAACAAUUAAAAUGUGGGAAGUAAAUACAGGAUACUGUGUUAAAACAUUUACUGGUCAUCGUGAAUGGGUCAGAAAAGUCAAAGUUUCCCCCUGUGGUCAAUUUUUAGCUUCAUGUUCUAACGACCAUACUGUUAAAGUUUGGAUAAUUUCUGCUACUCAGUGUAAAGCUGAUUUACGAGGACAUGAACAUGUAGUUGAAUGUAUAGCUUGGGCACCAGCUGCGUCUUCAUCAGCAAUUAAUGAAGGAGCUGGAGUAGAUCAGAAAAAAAAUGGUUAUGAAGGUCCUUUUAUUAUAUCUGGAUCAAGAGAUAAAUCAAUUAAGAUGUGGGAUGUUGCAUCACGUUCAUGUUUAUUUACUAUGAUUGGACAUGAUAAUUGGGUGCGUGGUUUAGUUUUUCAUCCUGGUGGUAAAUAUGUUAUAUCAGCAAGCGAUGAUAAAACACUUAGAAUUUGGGAUUUGGCUAAUAAACGUAAUAUGAAAACACUAUUGGCUCAUGGACACUUUUGUACCACAGUUGAUUUCCAUAGAUCACAACCAUUUGUAAUAACAGGUAGUGUAGACAAGACAAUAAAAGUUUGGGACUGCCGUUAAUAUUUUUGUUUGGUCAAUAAAUUUAUAUAAUGUUCAUUAUUCUUUGCUAAUUUUAAACAGUAUCUCCACAAAGAAGUUUUAAUUUUCUAGUCUAUCAUAGAAGUGUAGGUAGUUUAUUUCCCAAGUUUUAUUUGUAUAAAUGUAGCACUGCAUUUUUUAUUUAUAAAGAAAUGCUCUAUUCUUUAUGUAUUGUAGGUAUGUGUAAUUUUUAUUAUUUUUCUCAUUACUAGUUUUUAAUAAAGUUAUAGGUUAAAAAUAAAAUAUUAUUUUAUUUGAAUACUUGCUUUUCGUUUAUGACGAUGUAUAAUUUUAUUAGAAUACUCUUAUUUUAAUUAAGCAUUUUAAAUUAUAAUUAUUUUUUGUAUAAUGCUUAACUUAGAUAUAACCAAAUUCAGCUUAAUUGAAAUGUUUUUUUUAUUAUAUUACUAUUAAUAUGUUUCUUUUAUAAUUACAAAACCAUUAAUAUAUUGGCAUAUUAAGUUAUUAUAUUAAUAUAUUAAGAGUCAUUGCAUCUAAGUAAUUAAGCAUCUUUUAUUUUGUUCAUUAAAAAUAUGUUUUCUUUCAUUUGUGUUAUACCAUAUGAAAAUUAUAUGUCUCUUAAAUAACAUUAAACUUUUUGUAUCAUAUUUAUAUUUUGAUCAGUGGCUUGACAAAUUUAAAAUAUUUCAAAAGCUAGUCUAAUAUGAUUAUUCACCAAUGCACCUAAAACUUGAUAAAGGCAUUUACUGUCAUAUUUUUAACUGUUUGUAUUAAAUACUAAAUUAUUACCCAUUAUCCACUUAACAUACCUUAAAAAACUUAUCCCCUUUUACAAAGCCACUGCAAAUGGUUUAUAGGCAAUUAAACUACCAAAACCUAUUUACCAGAACAGGUCCAGUGCCAUUAAUUAUAGUGGAAUUAUUAUAAUUUCUUAAAUGCAUAACUUUUGUAUACAAUUAAGCUUUUUCAUAAUCAAUUUAAUUUAUAAUUUACUGUAUUAAAUUUAGUGAUUGGA